CAGUCAGUAAUGCCGCGGCUACACUCGACGAACGAUCACGACGUUUUUCCUCGAUCUUCCGCGGUCAGCAAAACCGCCGGUUUGGCGUCAGUUUUGCACAGGGAACGCUUGAAAAGUUAAACACGACGCACGAUUUUAAUCCUCUUCGAUCGAUUCACCAUGUCCGCCGCAAAAUCGGGCGUCUGAAAGAAUCGAAAGGAUGCCGGCCGGUAUUUCGACUCUGGCACCGUCAACGGAUGCGGAGUCUUUCGAUUAUGAGACGAAGGACCCGCCGGCCUUCACGAUCUUACAGAAGGAUGGCCUGGACUCGAGUCUGCCGCUCUUACACGUCAACGAGGACGAUGAGAUAAAUGCGUCGCAACUCACCAACUUGAGGAACAUGAAGAACGCGAUGAAGAAUAAUCUCUGUAAUCGCAGACGCAUCAGCAAGUCCAAUGAACAUCUGGUCUUGGCUAAUCUACAAUCGCAUCAAGUUAAUCCUCUGAAGAAAAAGCAUCAGAGUAAAAGUCAAGAUAGCUUAGAGUUGUUAGCUGAGGAGAGACCGUUUACGGCUAAGCCCAGCAUCGUCUUAUCAACGGAGGAUUUCAAUGAGGUGCUGAACGCGAAACUGAAAAAGAUCCAAGAGCAAGCCGAGGCGGAGCAAGGCCGCAAGUCGCCCAAGAAAUCGAUCCAGAAGAAGCCGUUCAUCACGACCGUGAAGACGGGGGAAUUUCUAAUGCCGCCGCCGGAAGUGGCGGCCUUGCUCGGCAUCGCGCCCAGCAAAAAUGAGGAGGAGGCGGCGGACGGAUGUCCUCUGAAGAGCAGAUUCAAACCACUGAUAUCGCUAGUCGGAGGCAAGAGGCCGGAGGUACGUCACAAUAGCCACAAUGCCCGAUGUCCAGCCGCCCUAAAGGCUACCGUAGACUUUUCCCUCGGUAUGAUGAACGCCACUACCAUCGCCACCGCCUCGACCUUGAACGAGCAGGCGAGGAGGUUCAAGAGGAGCGAGCCAGCCAGAUUCCCGCAGACGCCGCGAGCUUUACCAAAAAAGUUGGAACCGAUCGAGGGCAUGAUGAAUAUGCUGCCGAGCCUCCGCGGUGAUCAAUCGGUUCCUUUCGGGAAUAUUAUGUUUGAUCGCCGAGUGGCUCGCGGAAGCACAAUCGCUUCCGUUCCUCUCAUCGAUGGAGAACAAUCAAUAGCAGCGAGGCAAGCGGAAGCGAGACGAAGACAUUUGGCGAGAAAACGUGCUCAAGUGCAAGCUUGCAGAGCCGUCUGCAGGACGGGUUCGCCUCCUCCGGUUCCUGGAAGAAAACACGAACCGGUGCAAACUGAGAUUUUUCUCGAGGAGCUAACAGAGAAACCGGAUGAAUCCGAGGUAGCCACACAAACCGAUUAUUUCUUGGAAAAACCAGUACUGCCGAGCUAUUAUCCAGGCAAAGUUGGUCGAGAUGUGUGCACUCAAAUCGAACCCGGGGAACUCUUCGAUUACGACACGGAAGUCCAACCGAUUUUGGAGGUGUUGGUAGGCAAGACUAUCGAACAAGCUCUAAUCGAGGUUCUGGAAGAGGAGGAAAUCGCUGCUCUUAAGGAGCAGCAGAGAAGAUUCCUCGAAUUGCGCAUGGCUGAAAAAGCUGAAGAGCAACGACUGGCGGAAGAGGAGAGGAGACGUAGAGAAGAGAAGGAUCAACGCCUGAAACAACACGAAGAGGCGGUGAAAGCUCAGCAGGAGACCGAGGAACGAGUCGCGGCUGCGGUAUUGUUAACAGGAUACAUCGCCGAACUUUUGCCCGCGGUUCUGGAGGGUCUGAAGAUGUCUGGCUACUUACUGGACGAGAUCAAGGCUGACGUCGAAGAAGGUUUCAUGCCGUGGUUAAUGAAAGAAGUAAAAAAAGAAAUGGGUAAUAUGAUUGAAAGCAGAGAAUUGUUAAUGGAAAUUAUUAGAGAAAUCUUGGAAAACCGCGCGCAGACGUACAGGCAGCUUGGUGAAGAAUAUGAUAUUUCAAGAAACAAGAGACUAGCAAACGUAUACAAUUUAGAAGGAGGUGAAACUGAUAGCGAUUUUGUGAACUACGAAUCACCCGCGAUGGAAAGUCAUCACGCAGUUUAGCGUGAUAAAUAAUUUGUUUAGAUUAACAUGGAAACGCUGCACAACGCUUUCAAGAAUGAGAAUAAAAAGCUGAUUAUAUUCUAAAAAGUAAUUUGUAAUUCCAGAGAUCUAAAAAUUUAA